UUCAUUCCUCCACUGAAAACACAGAGGCGAAUCCACUUUACAGCAACUGCUGCGAUUUGUUUAUAGCUGCGACCCGCCGUAAGACAUUACAUUUCCCGUUGGGCCUCGUGGAGUUUGCAGAUUUUGCAGCUGCAUAAUGUUUAAGAAGUUUGAUGAAAAAGAGAAUGUUUCAAAUUGCAUUCAAUUGAAAACAUCUGUUAUUAAAGGCAUUAAGAAUCAAUUAGUGGAUCAGUUCCCAUCUAUUGAGCCAUGGUUGAACCAAAUCAUGCCAAAGAAGGACCCAGUAAAAAUAGUUAAAUGCCAUGAACAUGUAGAGAUCCUGACGGUUAAUGGAGAAUUGCUGUUCUUUAGACAGAGGGAGGGACCGUUCUACCCAACGCUGCGUUUACUUCACAAAUAUCCUUUUAUCCUACCACAUCAACAGGUUGAUAAAGGAGCCAUCAAGUUUGUGCUCAGUGGAGCCAACAUCAUGUGUCCUGGUUUAACAUCCCCUGGAGCUAAGCUGUACCCAGCUGAUACUGACACGAUAGUUGCUAUUAUGGCAGAAGGCAAACAACAUGCUCUUUCAGUGGGAGUCAUGAAGAUGCCAGCAGACAAAAUUGAACAAGUGAACAAAGGUAUUGGAAUUGAGAAUAUGCAUUACCUUAAUGAUGGCCUCUGGCACAUGAAGACGUAUAAAUAACAAUGGAAUUCAAGAUUAAUCUCGAUGGGAGAUAUGGACCGGCAACUGCAAGACACAAAGACAUUUUGAAUAUUGAAUUAUAGAAGUUGUAUUGUAUUGUUUUCCAUAGACCUGGCAUUACAGGAAAAAGAGAACUUCUUUUGUGUGCAGUUGAUGGCAUUUUUCUCCAAGUUUAAAUAUGUCUAAAACACAAAAGGAGUUGUAACCACUCAAGGCUUAGUGAGAAACUAUUUCUGACAUGUACAAUUUGACAACUACUUGACCAUUGUUAUGAAAUGAAAUCAGUGCGAACAUCCUGAGCACAUACAGUGGGUUUGUACAAAUAUGAAUGCAUGGUUGAAAUUCUGAAUGUUCAUUAAAUUAAUACCCAAAGAGGAUAAGACAAAUA